GUCACGUUGGAGCAUCUGAAGGAGCUGCUGGCGGCGGCUGCGGGCGCGGGGUCGAGCGCGGUGGCGACUGAGCGUUGUCUUCGGGCUGCGUUAAGCACUGGGGCGGUGGGGGUAAUGGUGGACGCCGUGGACGAGCUGUGCCCGGCCUUCAAGGACAAGGUGCUGCGUCUGCUGCAGCUGCUGCUGCAGGAGACGAAGGCGGCGCCCGUGUGGGUGUCUUCGAGACCGGAGUGCGAGUUCUUGGCGGCCCGGUUCAACGAGACGCGCGUCGGCAGCCUGCCCGCCCAGGAGAGCGCGGCGCGGGUGCUGGACGCCAUCGCUAACCGCGUGCCCGAAGACACGGAGGCA